ACUGACGCCGUGACGGUCGAACUGAGGAGCCGCCGUCGCUCCGAGCGCCCGGCGCCAGGUGAGCAGCUCGCCAAUGGUGCGGCCGCGGAGGCUGGAUGCUGAGGCGGGAUGGAGGAGGGUGGAUGCUGCUCAUCCCUGACGUCAUGAUGUGGAAGCGACACGGGGAGGAGUGACUUUGUGCUUCUGGUGCAGCGGAGAAUGACAAGAAGAGGAUGAGAGCGGAGCGGAGGCAGACGUGUUUAUUAUAGGGGGCGACGGAAGGCAUCCAUAGGAAAGCCGGCGGGGAGAUUUAACAAUGGGGAGUGAUGACUGAGCACACGGCGCCAAGACAUCAGAAGCAGUGCUGUUCUGCAGGAGGUUUUGAUAUUUUGGGAUACCGAAGACACAGCAUCCCUGUGCCCAAGAUUAAAAACUCAUGAUGACAGCGUAAAGCCUGGCGACCACAAAGGCUUCCGCUGCGGGCUGGGCGGCGCAUCCACAUGAUCACAUGACUCUGGACAUGGACGCGGUCCUGUCAGACUUUGUUCGGUCCACGGGGGCAGAACCUGGUCUGGCAAGAGACCUGCUGGAAGGUAAAAACUGGGACCUGAGUGCUGCUCUGAACGACUACGAGCAGCUCCGACAAGUGCACACCGCCAACCUGCCCCACGUCUUCAACGAGGGCCGCUACUACAAGCAGCCUGAGCACGGCACGCCUCAGCACCCGAGCAAGGUCGAGCGGCCCUGCACGCAGCGGCAGGAUGACAAUGCUCAAGAGAAGCGGCUGUCACGUGGAAUCUCGCACGCCAGUUCAGCCAUCGUGUCCCUGGCGCGCUCGCACGUGGCCAACGAGUGCAACAGCGAGCAGUUCCCCCUGGACUUGCCCAUAUACACAUUCCAGCUGCCCGACCUCAGCGUGUACAGUGAAGACUUCCGUAGCUUCAUUGAGCGAGACCUUAUUGAACAGUCCACCAUGGUAGCCCUUGAACAAGCAGGUCGCCUCAACUGGUGGUCCACCAUGUGCACCAGCUGCAAGCGUCUGCUUCCACUUGCCACAACGGGGGACGGGAACUGCCUCCUGCAUGCAGCAUCGCUGGGGAUGUGGGGCUUCCAUGACAGGGACCUGGUGCUGAGGAAGUCCCUGUAUGCCAUGAUGAAGAGCGGGGCACAGAGGGAGGCGCUCAAGAGGAGGUGGAGGUGGCAGCAGACGCAGCAAAACAAGGAGUCAGGACUAGUGUACACUGAGGAAGAGUGGGAGAGAGAGUGGAACGAGCUGCUGAAGUUGGCCUCCAGCGAGCCACGCACACACUUGAGCAAGAGUGGCAACACCAGUGGGGGGGUGGACAACUCAGAGGAGCCUGUGUAUGAGAGCCUGGAGGAGUUCCAUGUCUUUGUGCUGGCUCAUGUUCUGCGGAGGCCCAUAGUGGUGGUGGCAGACACCGUGCUGAGGGACUCUGGUGGAGAAGCAUUCGCGCCGAUCCCAUUUGGAGGCCUCUACCUGCCGCUGGAGGUCCCGCCGAGCCGCUGUCACUGCUCUCCGCUGGUGCUGGCCUACGACCAGGCGCACUUCUCUGCCCUGGUGUCCAUGGAGCAGAAAGACCAACAGCGAGAACAAGCUGUUAUUCCCCUGACCGACUCGGAGCACAGGCUGCUAUCGCUGCACUUCGCCGUGGACCCCGGGAAGGACUGGGAGUGGGGGAGGGACGACAACGACAACAGCAAACUGGCAGGCCUCAUCCUGUCUUUGGAAGCCAAACUCAACCUGCUGCACAACUACAUGAAUGUAACAUGGAUUCGAAUUCCUUCUGAAACAAGGGCUCCCCUUGCUCAGCCCGAGUCCCCCACAGCCUCUGCGGGAGAGGACGUGCAGUCUCUGGCGGACUCCAUGGACUCGGAUCGCGAGUCUGUCUGCAGCAACUCCAACGUCAACAACGGUAAGGCCAGCAAAGAGAAGGAAAAAGACAAGCAGCGUAAAGAGAAGGACAAAACGCGUGCUGACUCUGUGGCCAACAAGUUGGGAAGCCUGAGCAAGUCUCUGGGGAUCAAGCUGAAGAAGAACAUGGGGGGCCUGGGGGGGCUCGUCCAUGGAAAGAUUAGCAAGACCAACUCUGCCAACGGGCGGAACAUGGAGAACGGGGAAAAGGCAAAGAAGAAGGAUGUGAAAUCCAAUAAAGCAAGUAAAGAGGACUCGGGACAGUCCGCUAGCACGUCCUCAUCAGAGAAGACCACCAGCCCAUCUCCCACGGAACGGGCGUCGGGGUCCUCCCCAGUGGAAAAGCAUGGCACAUCAGGAAAGUCUUCGGGCGACAAGGCAUCAGACCCCUGGAAGUACAGCACUGAUGUCAAGUUGAGCCUCAGCAUCCUGCGUGCAGCCAUGCAGGGCGAGAGGAAGUUCAUCUUUGCCGGCUUGCUCCUGACUAGCCACAGGCACCAGUUCCACCAGGAGAUGAUCAGCUUCUACCUGGCCAAUGCCCAGGAGCGCUUUAGUGCCGAGCAGGAACAGAAAAGAAAGGAGGCGGAGAAGAAGACUGUGGUCAACGGGACUGCCUUGAAGAAGCCGGAGCAGGAGAGCACUUUCCCAAAGGAGAAGUCAGACAGCUCUCCUAAUGAUGGCUGCUCGCCGGUCCUGCACCAAAGCCAUAACUCUCAGCUGGUUCUAAAGUUGCAAGAGAGGAAUAGCCCCACCCCUGCUCCCUACUCGUCCCCUAGUAAUGGUGCUAAGAAGUCCGGGCCCAUCCCCGUGUCUGCCCACUAUAGCCAUACCCCGCCCAUCCAGAGACACAGUGUCAUCCAUCUACGGGAUGUCAACAUGCAGCCGUCCAGCUUCUUGGACGACCCCUACAAGCCCGCGGUGGGGACUCUGAAGACCUGCGCGACGUACCCGCAGCAGAACCGCUCACUGUCCUCUCAGAGCUACAGCCCGGCUCGCAUGUCCGGAGUGCGCACCGUCAAUGUGCCGGAGGCACUGCCGUACAACAUGCCCGGGGAACACAAAUCCCACACUUACACCAACGGCUUCAACUCCAACGACGUCCGUGACUGCCUGGAGUUUGCCGACGAGGGCUCCCCGAAGGCCUGGCUGAACCACGACAAAACCAAAGGCCGCAACGCAGGGUGCCCCCUCUACUGUCUGCAGCAGAAGCGCUGCAAGAGGGAGAACUGCUCCUUUUACGGCAGGCCGGAGACAGAGAACUACUGCUCGUACUGCUACAGGGAGGAGCUCAAACGCAGGGAGAGGGACAGCAAGAUGCACAGACCCGGAUAGCCCAUAGCAAACGCACCAGCCGGUUUGACCAGCUGGUCAGAGUAACAACUGCAGAAUUCCUCAGAGGAUUAGCAACGCAAACCAGUCCUCUGCGCUGUAAGAAUAACACGAUAGCAUAAUAGAACAAAUUUCCUACCGUGGUUAGGAAGUUCUCCUUUCGUUCUUGUACCUGACAAUAAAGAAAGCGCAGCUGAAGUCAGUUUACAGCUUUGGCCAGAGAUUUUGUCAUUUCUGUUUCUGAAUUUGUGUUACUUUUUCAAAGUGGACUCUAAUCUGUUGUCUGAUGGCUGGGAAGCCAUGUUGUAAUAUUGUGAAAUUAUAGAGAUCGUAGCUGCCAGCCUGCCAGACCCGCAGCAUAUUCACAGCUCCGCAUGAGGAGCUCCAUUUAGAAAAAUCAAACUAAUGCAAUGCAAUACAGCACAGCUUUAACUAUUAACCUCUUAAUAGGAUGAUUUAAUUUAGAUGUUUGAGAAAAGGGUUGCGUAGGGUGGCCAGUGUAUGUGAUUAACAGUCGUGACUUUUUAAAAGAGCAAUAAGUUCGUCGUGUCAGCGGACUUUAUGUGAACCCUCUAUUCUAUGCAUCCAUCCUUUCGCCAACUGUCAGUUUCCACGUGUAAGGUAUUCGAACCAUGAAAUUCUUUUUACUUGUAAUUGUAACAUACAUCCUUUUAGCCAGCUACAUUAUGCAUUUUUUCCAUGAAAAAUACACAUUUUCUUGUUCUUCCACAAAUAGUCUUACCGAUGUUACACUGAUUUAGAUUAUUUAAACUUAAAUUCUCACAAAAACAUGUGCCAAAAAAUAUCAAAGCAUGGAAUUUUUAAAUAUCAAUGUGUAUAAAUGUAUAUUAAAUGAAUAUUUGCAGCUCUUCCACAAAAAUCCAAUGAAAAAGCCAAAACUGGCAGAUUUGUAGAGAAAGGCAGUGCUGCUAUAGGGGGAGGAGGCAGGGUAUUCAGUCUUCCCAUCUGCCCUGGACACUUCAGUCAGAGGCUGCAUCCCUGUCUUUAGAUAUAUCCGGCAUUCAUUUUGCUGUCACGGCAUGUCAUAAAACAAGUAUAGCUGAGUAGAAAAAAGAAGUGUCUUAUUUUAAAUGCCUUCUUCGUUAGAAAUUGCUGAACUGCUGUACAUCACCCGUUACUGUACUGAUAAUUUAAGGCUUAUUAUUGUGAUGCUCCCGGGUUCCGUACUGUUCAAAGUGAAAGUCUGCUGGCCAAAGAUGUCUACUGCGUUUUCAGUUCGCUUUCGUGUUUCUACAAAACACACUGCAACUCUCCUUCCUUCUUUGUAUGUAACAGGUUCAUGGACUAC